GUGGUAGGUUAUGAUAGCUCAGUACAUGUAAACAUUGUUGUGAUAAUUCUGUUCUACUCUGAAAUGAACUAAUUAUUUUAUCUGUUGUUCGAACUUGUAUUUUGAGGUGGUAAGGAUGUUAUAAUUAGUCUUGUUAUUUAUUAUCUAGAAGUGUAUCUAUUUUGUGGAGUAAUGUUUUAUUACCUUAAAGGAGUUAAUGGAAAAAUAUUGUUAUUAUAAGAUGAACAAUACAAUUAGUGAUUGUUUAAAGACAGUGAUGUCAUUCAAGUAAAUUUCAGACUAAUACCUAAUUUUUUUAAAAAUGUCUUUUGAUAAAGUUGAUGACAUUUUGCCAGAUGAUUCUGAUUUUUAUUUGAAAAUUGCCAAUAAAAAAAUUACUUUUGAAGGAAUAAGUAAGUCUCAACUCACUAGUGUUUUUUUCGAUGAAGCGAAUGCUCAAGUAUUUAGUAUAUCUUCAGGGGAUGUUACAGAUGUAAAAGUUAAAAGCCCUAUUGAAAGUUUUUGUAGUUCUUUUAAGAUUAUCGAAAAAGGCCGCAUAGUGUCAAUAAAGUUUUCGUUUGACCAAACCAUACUUGCAUUACAACGUACACAGACUGCUGUAGACUUUUUGACAUUUGAAGAUGGAAAAGUAUCUAAGGAAUUUACCCAGACAUUUAAGGGCUGCAACCUACUCGGUUAUUUGUGGACUGGAAAAACAGAAAUAGUUCUUGUCACCAAUGUUAAUGUAAAGUUAUGUAAAGUAGACAUGCGUUCAGGAACUCUUACCACCAUAAAAAGUCUAAAUCUGAGUAUCAAUUGGUAUAAUUAUUAUUCACCUAUCAACUUGCUUCUAGUGAGUUUGGCUAAUGCAAAUAAUGUAAUGCAACUUCUCCAAAUAAAGCAAAACCAAAUUGUGAAACUUGUGAAGUUUGAUAUAGAUGAUGAGUAUGUUUCAAAGACUAAAAAGUUGAUCGCAGAUCGAGAUAUAGUUUUGGGAGUUGUCUACAACCAACCAAGAAUACUAUUUCUUAAUGUUCAUACCACUAGCGCAGAAGCAGAAGUAAUUGUUUACACUAUAAUAAAAUUGUCAUCAAUCAAGAGGACUCAUGUGUUAAGAAUAAAUCAAAGCGGAAGAUUUGCAUUGAAUAUUGUUGAUAAUUUGAUCAUUGUUCAUAAUCAGAUAACUAAAACUUCUAUUGUAUUUGACAUAACUAAUGCUGAAUUUCAGGGUGCUGUUAAAUUUCAUAAUCCAGUUUUAGAACCUAAAUCAAUUAAGCCAUUUCAAGAAAAUGUUGCUAGUUCAUCCCAAAAAAAUACUUAUGAACUAUACAAUCCCAACUGGGUGAUGUUUCAACCCAAUAUUAUCAUGGAUGCCAAAGCUGGAUGUCUCUGGUUUAUAGAAAUUGACCUAUUGGGAUUUUAUAAAUAUAUUGAGGAUAAGAGAGAACUCAUAGCAUUCUUGCUGUUGCGUUCAAAUUCCAAAUUUGUGAUAGCUAAAACUUUAGAAACUUUACUCGAAGAUGGUUUUAAUAAAAUGGAGGAAUUGGCUGACAUCUUUGAUCAAAUAAAUUACGUUUAUAGGAGCUAUCUUGAGGAAAAUAUGAAGAGCCAAAUGGGUUUACCAUCUUCCAUGACGAGGCCAGAAGAAGAUCCGGUUGUAGAAUUUAGAACUGUUGUUGAUCAGUACUUUGUAUAUUCAUAUGUUCUUUGCAAACUUGCUGAGAAAGUGUCAGAAAAUGUUGAAAGGAAAGAAUCUAAAAUUUUAACAAUGUCAUUGCUACAAUAUAUCAGAUCGCUUACUGAUUUUCAAAUACCAGCCCAACAUUUUCUGUAUGAGCUUCUAAUAAAUUCCUUAGUUAUUCAGGGAAAAUUUUAUCAAUUAUAUCAAUUGCUCCAGUAUCGUGUUGUCGCAGAUUCAAAACCAUUAGCUUGCCUGUUACUCUCUCUAGAAAAUGUUUAUAAUGGAGCUUCUCAAUUGGCUGUUGAUAUGUUGGAAAGACUGGGCUCUGCAAAGGAAGAAAUUAUUGAGAUUCUACUGUCUAAGCAGCAAGUUAUGCCUGCUAUACGCUAUGCAGCUAAACAUGGUGCUACAAAUGAUAGAAAUCGAUUUGCCAAAUUUCUGGAAGUUGCAAAGGAAACUGGAAAUAAUAAGUUAUUCUAUUCGGUUUCAUCGCAUUUUAAAGAAAACUGAAUCCACUUUAUUUUUGUAAUGGUAAUUUGUAAAAUUUCUAUUUUUGUUUAUUAAAUACAAUAUAUAAGUAUUUAAAUGUUAUAAAUAUUUAAUAAAUAAUAUAUUUAUAUAAUACAUC